AUGGGUCGUCCUGAGGUUCAGAUGUUAACAUGGACACUGUUUGUUUACCUGAGUUGGAUAUGUGUGGAUCAAGCAGUGGCAGGGCCGCAGUUCAUGGUCACCAUUCCUGCAGUUAUCGGAGCAGGAGCUGAAACGUCGUUCUGUGCGAGCCUCUUGAAGCCCAACGAGACUCUGGUCAUGACCGUCACUCUGAGGUCCCUGCAGCAGAAUGUGACUCUCAUGGAGGAAACAUCCAGUCAGGAGUUUCACACCUGCAUUAAGUUCAUGGCUCCUUUAGUGCAAGAUGAAGUCCGAAUGUUGGAGGUGGAGGUCCGAGGGGCAACGUUUUACUCAAAAGAAGUCAGAAAAGUUAUGAUCAGAGCCUACCAGCCAAGCACAUUCGUCCAAACAGAUAAACCGAUCUACCUCCCAGGACAAACAGUGAAUUUCAGAGUCGUCUCACUGGACAGCAAAUUGAGACCUGUCAAUCGCUUGUACACCGUCAUUGAAAUUGAGGAUUCAGCCAGCAACAGGGUUGGACAGUGGUUACAAAAAGAAUCCAACGGGACAAUAUUGCAGCUUUCAUACUCCUUGAACUCUGAGGCCCGCGAAGGAACCUACAAUGUCAUUGUGUCGAUUGGUGAUGAGAAGAUUUUUCAUAACUUUAAGGUGGAGAAAUAUGUUUUGCCAAGAUUUGAGGUAAAAGUAGAAGCACCUGGUGAAGUUAGUAUUGGGCAUGAAGACAUCAAAGUUGAAGUUUGUGCAAAGUAUACAUACGGGCAGCCUGUACCAGGAAAUGUUAAAAUUGAGAUGCACCGACCUCUCAGUCGCUAUUAUACAAGGAACUAUGUAGCUACCACUGAUAAUUCAGAUGGCGUCCCUGAGAUAACUGCCCCAUCUUACAUGGAGAUAAAACAGGCAGAUGAGGCCGGCUGCGCAACUUUUCUCAUCAUGAUGUCAACUUUCACAAAACUUGACCAAAAAGUGCUGCGAGAUUCACUGCAUCUCAAGGCCAGCGUGGAGGAGGAGGGAACAGGAAUUGCACAUGAUAGUCAGAAGAGACUCGAUAUAUCCUACGUUAUCGGAAAGGUUUUCUUCAUGGACACACCCAAGAUUUACAACAAAGGAUCAGAUGUGGAGGGAAAAGUCAAAGCUGUUACUUACGACAACACGCCCAUUCCUGACAUGAAGGUGCACCUGUUUGAGGGAGAGAGGUGGUCAUCCCGUCUGCUGCAGAAUCUCACAACUGACAGUGAGGGUGUCGCAGCUUUCACGAUAAGCACAGCUGAGUUUAAACAAGACAUCCGGCUUGUCGUAAGCAGCAAACCCUCAGUGAGGUACGACGGGCAUCGAUCUCCUUACUACCAAACCGGAGAGCACACACUGACCUUGGUCAAACCUUUUGCUCCAGAAACUAAAACAAUCAGCUCCCUGGAGGUGCAGAAGAAGGAUCAACCACUGGCCUGUGACACAGAAGAAGAAAUCUUUAUCCGUUUCGUUGUAGUUGGGGAAGCCCAGGGCUCUGCGGAUGUGAUGUAUCUGGUCUUAUCCCGAGGAGUCAUUGUAUGGCAAGGAUUCAAACAGGUUGAAGUCCAAGAUAAAUCAGUGACUGAGGGCGAGAUGUCCUUUAAGUUCAGAGUGUCUCCUGAGAUGUCCCCAGACGUCCAGGUUGUGGCUUACGCUGUCCUCCCCAGUGAGACGGUGAUCGCCCACAGUUCUGACUUCUCCACUGAGAAAUGCUUCAGUCACAAGGUGUCGCUGGAGUUUUCUCCGUCCUCAGCUGUCCCAGGAGAAGAAAACACCCUAAAGUUGACAGCCCAGCCGGACUCUCUGUGUGGUGUGAGCGCUAUCGACCAGAGC